UCGACAUAAUAGACUCACCGGUUAUCCUGAUUUCCUUGCUGGGCUCCUUACAGGAAGAAAUCAUGGGUAUCACUGUUGAUGAUGUCAUGGAAAAGAUAGGCAGUUACAACCGAUUUCAGUACAGGCUUUUGCUGAUCUGCGGUUUCAUCAAGACCUGGUCUGAUGGUCUCCAGAUGAUGCUUCCAACCUUUCUCAGCGUUGAACCGCCGUGGCGUUGUAAAGCAAACAGUUCUGCGUGUAAUCUGACCGGAAUUUUCAAGCCAGGAGACGAAAAUUACAGCUACCGUUGUUCCAUUCCUCGGGAUGAUUGGGAAUUUGACACUAGCGAUUUUACCUCCACCGUGGCUGAGUGGGACCUAGUUUGUAACGUAUCAGCAUUAUCGGUCCUGACCAAAGCACUUAUGUUCUUGGGUUAUAUGAUCGGAGUUCUCUUUGGAGGCGUUUUAUCAGACAAAUUCGGACGCAAACCCAUUGUUUAUUGGCUUACAGUCCUAACGAACGUGUUCGCCUUAGCUGCUGCUUUCAUUAAAAUCUACUGGCUCUAUGUGCUCUGCAGAGUGCUGAUUGGUAUAGGCGUAGGUAGUUCAGCUCUGGCGAUGUAUGUGCUCGUGUUUGAGUACGUUGGCAAGCGUCAUCGUCACGUGAUCGGAACCACUUUAUUUUACUUCUGGAUUCUGUCGCUAAUGGUUCUGGCUUUAUUUGCUUGGCUGAUAAGGGACUGGCGCACACUUGCUAUGGCCGCGGCUAUACCAGGACUAUUAACGAUUUUCUUCUGGUGGUUUCUGCCAGAGUCACCUCGCUGGCUCUUGGCGCAUAACAGACCCAAAGAGGCCAGGGAAAAUCUUCAAAAAGUUGCUGACUUUAAUCGAAAACAGAUGCCUGAAGGUGACCUAGAACAGACAGAUGCCAACUUAACCCAGAGACAGGGAGAUGUCCGGGACCUUUUCAGCUCAAUGGCUAUGACAAAAAGAACUCUGAUAUUAUGGUUUGCCUGGAUGGUCAUAGCGUUGGUUUACUAUGCUGUUUCAUUCAGUGCAGGAGAUUAUGGUGGCAACCGUUACCUGGUUUUCUUCUUGACCAGCCUCAUUGAAAUUCCGUCCAACUGGACUUGCAUUAAACUGAACCACAGGAUUGGCCGGAAGAAAAGCACAGUUAUUGGAGUGGUGGUGUCUUUCUUUGCUUCUUUGAUUGCAGUCUUUUUCCAGAGAGAUCUGAAGAACACCGGUUUCAUGGUGGCAAACAUAAUUAUGGCACAAGGGGUGGCGAAGUUUUUUAUCAACAUGUCGUUCAGUUCAAUCUAUGUCUACUCAAGCGAGCUCUUCCCGACCGUUGUCAGGAAUGUUGGAAUGGGAACCUCGUCUGCAGCAGCUCGUAUUGGAUCCAUGUCGGCGCCUUAUGUUGUUUGGCUGAUGCGUAUUCACAUUCUCUUGCCAUACUCCAUCGUGGCAGUGCUUGCUUUCGUCUGCGCGGGUCUGUGCGUCUUGCUGCCAGAAACAAAGGGUACAGCGACUCUAGAAACUAUGGAUUCUGUCAACAACAACCUCUCAGAGCAGACAGACAAAGAGCAGCUUCCAGUUGAGCCAAGCAAAGAGAAAGAAGAAUUGGGAGAGUUACUACUAAAUCAAGCCUUACUUGCAUAAAAAAGUAUUUUCUCUAAA